CUCCGAUGCACAACCACGUAUUCUUCGCUUCCUGCGAUUGCCUACGAAACCGGUGUCGCCGAGAAAAAACGACUUCGUAGCACUAUAAGGACAUGAGAAAGCAUCGCUGCAUUAUGUAUAACCUUUUGCCUAUCCCAACUGCGCACCGAGAACAAACCACGCGGUCCAGUGUCACGGCAUAACCUCCGCUUGACGAAACAGGCUGGAGUAAGGAAGAUGACGACUAGACACCAGCAACAAGAUUCCAAGGACCAGCCUGCAGAUGCGGCGGAUGCGUAUGCCCAGCGUGGGAGACCAUGGCUAUAUCCCUACAAUCGCCGUCUCCGACAUCUUCAUGGUAUCAGCAUCCGCAACCUAGCCCUCUCGCUCGCGCAGACGAGACCGAGAGGGAACACCACGGUCGACGACGCCGCUCUGCCUACUUCAUUGCGCUCGCCCGCGAAAGCUCUCGCCCAGCAGGAGCAAAAGACUCUCGAGCACUCGCGCUCCAUUACCGAUCUCAAAGCCUUAGCGGAGUCAGAGGAUAGCGGUGACGGCGACACUUUGAACAUGGGUAGCUCCAAGAAACCAGUGUCCACGAGUGAGGGCGUUCAAAGGAACGACGCCUCGCCCAGCAAACGGCCGCCAACCUUGCGGCGGCUACGACGCCGGAGCACGAUUGACUGGCAGAACUCGAGUUCGCUGUACAGGCAGAAGAAGCUCGAGGACGCAAUCGGAGCCAACAUGGCGGACGUCUUCUUUUCGCUGCACGUGCCCGACCAUCACCGCCAUGAUGGAGGGGUGAAGCCCGAGGACGAGCCCGUAUACAUUAGCGAGGUCGUCCCCCGCACCAUGAAUCCGGACUUUCGUUUUUUCGACCUUAACGAGGCGGCCGGGCCUGCCGUGUCGCGAGGAGAGGAUCUCGUCGUGAAAGUGUGGGCCAGAAACACGGGAGGAGGGGGAGCAGGAGGGGGGGACUAUCAAUUCCUCCUCGAGAUGCAUGUCAACCUGCGGUCGCUGCAGUUCAUCGGGAAGAGCAUUGAAGGCUUCACGCAGCCGCUGCCGCAGAAUUGCGUGCUGUUCCACAUGAAAGACGGCGUGUACACGUCGUUCCUGGAUAACUUCACAGGAGGGCCAUCCUCGUCGAUGGUGGCGCCGCCCCCGCGCACGCUGUCCAUGACGCAGGUGCUUCCCAGCUCGUCGUACGACGCGUUGAUGAGGCUGGGCACGCUGGACGAGUGCAUCCAGGAUGCGCUGGCGACACGCGCCAGGCUCGAGAGGGAGAUCAACGCGAUCCUCGACAGGAGCACGGAAGCGACGCGCGAGAUGCACCAGGUCGGCGUUCGCAUGAACGCGCUGGAACAUACGAACGAAGCGGUUCACCUGGAGCGCAGGCGGCUCGCGGCCGCGAAGCGGCGAAGGGACGAGCUGCGGUCACGGCUUGCUCAGCGCAGAGACUCCAUACAGGCGGGCUACAGCGCCAUGCGGACGGACGGUGAGAAGGACCUGGCGUCGCUCGCGAAGGAGACGGCCGUGCGAACGGACGAACUGUCCGCUGUGGCCGAGGAAACGCUCGGCCAGCGGCGUCGCAUCUGCGAGGACCUGCAGCGCAUCUAUCCCAUCACGCCUCUGCCGCACAAGACGUUGCAUUUCGCCAUCGCCUCGCUGCCGCUGCCCAACUCACCGUUCGCGGACACGUCGGUCGCCGAAGCCGAGGCGACCGCCGCCGCGCUGGGCCACGUGGCGCUGCUGGUGGACCACCUGCAAUACUACCUGUCGACGCCCCUGCCGUACCCGGUCACGGUGCGGGGAUCCACGUCCACGAUCUUGGACCCCAUCUCCGAGGUGGCCGGCGGCGCAGGCAAGGACUCGCGCGUGUACCCUCUGUUUGGCGGCCGCGGGCCCCGCUUCCGCUUCGAGUUCGGCGUCUUCCUGCUGAACAAGAACGUCGAGCGCCUGUCCGAGCGGCUGGGCCUGCGCGUCCUGGACCUGCGCCAGACGCUGCCCAACCUCAAGUACCUGCUGUACGUCGCGACGGCGGGAAGCGGCGAGGUGCCGGAGCGCAAGAAGGGCGGCAUCCGCGGCUUUCUCAGGACCGUGCCCGGCGCGGACGCCAUCGCCCGACGCGACAGCCUCGACAGCCAGACGAGCGACAGACUGGCGGGCCUGAUGCCUCCCCCGCCGAGACCUACGGCUUCCACCGCUCUCACAGCAGCGCCGGCAGCCGCCCCCGGAAACGCGAGCCCGAACACAAACGGAAGGUCAGUCGUCGGCAACGGCAAGCUCAAAGCGGCACCACGCGGGCAAGAUCCCUGCCAGGAGACGAAGUGAAAACCCACCUGCCCUCCCUUUUUAAGAACCAAAAAAAAAAAAAA